AUGAUAGCUCUCCCCCCCCCCAGAUUUUUCCUCACUACUACUAGAUACACUCAUUCUCUCCUCCCUUGCCUGUUCUUCACUUUAAUAUCUCUGGUGUUCUGCCAUUCACAGGAAAUAGAUGGUGAAGAAAGGGAACAGCGGCAGCUGAUGAUAGCAAACUGUCACAACAAUUUGAUCUCCUCAGAUACUGAUGAUGGUUGGAGUGAUGGAGAUGCAGGGAAAAUUAGACAAGGUCAGGAUUUGUCUGGAUUUUGCAAAUCCCACUCAGCUUCCAAAGAUCAACAAAAAAGACCAUUACACAAACGAUUCUCCUGCCCCAGAGACAUAAACACCAUUGCAAGGUGUUUAAAGUCAUCAAAUAUUGGACAUAUUCCCGAUUGCACUCAGUGGAUUGAUCUACGGUUAUCAACUGGGGAGAAUGAGACAACUGACACACAAAUUCAGUCACAGUUACAACACAUGCAACCGAAACAUAUCUGA